AUGAGCAAACGCCUCGCUACUGCUCCACGCACAAGCACAUCGUGGCCUCUCAACUACAAAAAGAAGAGAACGUUGGAGGAGAGCUCAUCGUCAAAGGCUCCACAGGCCAAGAGGUUGCUUACCAUCCUAGCCAAGCAUGGAGUCAACAAGGGCAACUACUAUGAUGACUAUCGCAAGCAUCAUCCCAAGGAGAAGAAGAAACAACAACAACAAGUUGCACAACCUCUGGCACAACCUUUGGCUCUGCCUGGUACUCAAUCACAAUCAAUGGAUCAAUCAAUCACUUCCUCUGUUGUCAACACUGAUACUACUGAUGGAGUGGUGGCCACUGUGCCGUCACAGCAAGAGCCGGCGCAAGACAAGGUCGUCCCACACUACUACUUGAAUGAGAAUGAGUUGGAGUCGAUUCAAAGGGAACUGAAUGGACUUUUGCCACAUCCAUUGGACGACACAUUUGGCAACAACAAUGAAGAUUGGCAUCUCUGCGACGACUUUGACGAGGACUUUUACUUGUCACAGGCAACGGCACUGUCUGACGAGGAGUUGAUACAACGACGUCGUGUGUUCAUCGCCAGACUGAUACUACUCUACAAGAAGCAACAUCAUCGAUUAACUGAGCGCAUGAGGAUAAUGCGUAGGCACUAUAUUCACACUGUUGAGAAUGAUAUCAAUCAUCCAUCAACUACUACAACAUCUACAACAUCUACAACUACAACAACUACAACGACAUCAACAACACAAUCAAUCAAGAGUUGUCAACAACCAACAUGUAAUGCAAUGCCAUUGCCAUUAUCAAGGUUUUGUUAUGCACAUAUACUUCAUGAUCCCAAUCAAAAGCUAUUCUCUCGAUGCUCUUAUCAACUUCACAAUGGAUCGUUAUGUGGCUAUCCAAUCAUAAAGACACAGGUGCCAGACCUCUGUGCCGAUCACUUUGAAAUCAUUAGACAACAGAAUCAUCUGUUCAUCAAUGGCAAGAUGCCAAAGAAGAAGCAGCUCAAGUCACUGAUACAACAACAGUUGGAGCAGACCAGGAGGGAGAAUGCUGCUGCUCUUCAAGCUUCUAGAUUAUCUUUGGCGGCACCUAUACAUCAUCAACAACAACAUCAGCUUAAACCAGGGCCAUCAUCAAUGCCGGCCUUGGAACUCAAUCCAAUCAAACAACAACAACAACAGAUAGUUAGACCAUCACCAUCACCGUCACCAGCACCAGCACCACAACCUUCCAUUACCACCUACAAGAAGCCAUCACCUUAUUCUGGUGGCCCAUUGAUAGGUUCUCCAAUAACGCGAUCAUCAUCAUCCCUUACAUCAUCAACAAUACCAUCACAACAACGACAGCAACAAUCACCUAUUGUUGUACCAACAAGUUCACCAGCUGCGAUAACAAGGAGGGCAUCUAAACCUCCUGCUCCUCCUGCUCCUUCUGCUCCACCUGCAACAUCACCAACAACUACCUCUCCACCAACAACAACAACAACUAAUACAACAGCUCCACAAACAUCGACAACAUCAACUACUUCUACUACUUCUACAACAUCUACAACUCCACCAACAAUAGAGACAUCGAGUCCAAAGUUAUCACCUCAACAACCAUCACCAUCAUCAGCCUCUAGUAUACUGACAUCAUUGUCAUCAUCGAUCAAGAGCAACAAGUCCAUGAAGCCAAUACCAUUCUCUUUUCAACAAGUAUCGCGACCACAAAGGUCAGCCUCUGCCAAGGAGAUGCCAUCGAGGCACAAGCCAAGCUAG